CCAAUCACAGCCUUUUGCGUAAGAACAGUUGCUUCCGGGUGACUAAAUCCUUUUUUAUUUGAUGCUUUCUGUAUAAUUAACGGAAAGUUGUGAGCUCUGAGGCGUUAAAACGAGUAGAAAAUGAACCGAAUAUUCGGACGUGGGAAGCCGAAAGCGCCUCCUCCGAACCUGUCGGACUGUAUCGGCACUGUAGAUGCCAGGGCAGAGUCCAUAGAGAAGAAAAUAGGCAGGCUAGAUGCUGAGCUUUUGAAGUAUAAAGAUCAGCUGAAAAAGAUGAGAGAUGGGCCCUCAAAGAAUACGGUGAAACAGAAGGCGAUGAGAGUACUGAAGCAGAAAAGAAUGUAUGAGGGUCAGAGGGAGCAGCUGGCUCAACAGUCGUUCAACAUGGAGCAGGCAAACUACACAAUUCAGACCCUGAAGGACACCAAAACGACUGUGGAGGCCAUGAAGAUCGGUGCAAAGGAGAUGAAGAAGGCGUACAAAGACGUGAAAGUCGAUCAGAUUGACGAUUUGCAGGAUCAGCUGGAGGACAUGAUGGAAGACGCCAACGAGGUUCAGGAAUCCCUGAGUCGCAGCUACGGCACUCCAGACAUCGACGAGGAGGAUCUUGAAGCAGAGUUGGAUGCACUGGGUGAUGAGCUGCUGCUGGACGAUGACAGCUCCUACUUGGAUGAAGCCUCAGCUGCACCGUCGAUCCCUGAAGGAAUCCCCAGUGACAGCAAGACGAACAAGGAUGGUGUUUUGGUGGACGAGUUCGGCCUGCCGCAGAUCCCCGCCACAUAAACAAGAACAAACAUAAACAACUGCACUUUUUCUACAUAGAGUAACAUUUAUACCAUUUGACCUGAAAACACUAAAACUUUUGAAGCUGUCUUGGUGUUGUUACUACUACCAUGCUAGCAUGUGGCCUUGUGACACUUCUUUUAAAACAUCAUUCACCCUAGCUGCUGCCCUCACCAUCUCCUGUAUGUGGUUCAUCAGUGUUGAUAUUAAUUUAUUUUUUAUUUAUGUUUUAUUAGUUUUUAUGUGUUGUUUUGUCAUUAUUUUUGUUUCAAAGUGGAGCUCAUUUCUACUAAACCUGUUUAAAAUAUCUGCAGGGAAACAUGCAAAAUAAAUGAUGUGUUCUAACUUUA